AUGCUACUGUUUCAUGGUUUUUUAUUGCUUGCCGGCUUUCUUUUUGCACAGAGAUCGCCAGAUGAUCCAUGCGAUGAUGCGCCAACAGAAGUUGCUCGUAUUAUUUGCCAUCAACUUCGCCAAUGGGAUGAAAAAGCCAGGGCGCAACCACCAGUGUCAUCUUUCGCCGCAUUUAUGCCCGGAUUACCAGGUAAAGGCCGAAAAAUCGCUGCUGAACUUGCUCCCAUGGCUACAAGCCCUUAUCAGUGUAUGAACCUUGCAUGUUUGUGCCCAUAUUUCAGAGGAAGGGCACAAGCAGAUGGAUCUUGUAUUUUACCUAACGGCUCUCCGCUGAAGAAAGCAGUACGAAAGGAAUAUAGACUGCUUAGCGAUGACGAACGUCGGAGGUUUCAUUGGGCUUUACGGCAGCUAAAGCAAAAUGGAGAAUAUGAUAAGAUGGCACGCAUCCAUGCUGAGGCGUCGACAAGUGGUGGUGCUCACUCUGGUCCAGCUUUUUUGCCAUGGCAUCGCGAAUUUAUGAAAAGAAUGGAAAUAGCGAUACGACAAAUUGAUCCAGAGUUAUCCCUGCCAUACUGGGAUUCAGUAUUAGAUAGUGCGCUGCCUCAACCAAAGGAUUCAGUUUUAUGGACUGAUGAAUUGCUCGGAACUACAAAUACUCGUGGUUAUAUAGUUGGAGGGGACUUCAAAGAUUUCUCAAGAUUCAUGAAUAGUUCGCGUUUUAUGCGACGUAUUGGAGCGCAAGGAACACCAUUCCAACAGUCUGAGAUCGAUUACACCGUAAAUCAAGACCGCAUAGAAAAUGUCCUCGCAUUUACAGCACCUCGAAUAGGUUGUCAGUAUCGAGCCAACUAUAAUGCUUUGGAAUACACCCACGGAAGUGUUCAUAUCUUCGUUGGCGGUGAUAUGUUUGAUCCUUACACCUCUGCUAAUGAUCCAGCAUUCUAUUUGCAUCACUCAUUCGUCGAUUAUAUUUGGGAGAUAUUCAGGCAACGCAAACAAAAUCGUUACAAUCGCGAGAAAAUUUAUCCAAUAGAUAAUCAACUAUGCAGUAGUGCACUGCAUUUUGGAUCUGCUUUUAUGAGGCCAUUUACUCCGCUUAGAAACGUGGAUGGCCUAAGCAAUGACUAUACCGAUAAUCUUUACGAAUAUAAUCCAAGGCCUAAAUGCAAUGAUAAUUGCGGUUCUUCAAGAUUCUUAUUUUGCGAUCAUUCUCAUGGUGCUCCUCGAUGUGCAUCAAAAGCUCAAAUUGGUGGUCGUUGUGAUGGAUUUCAUAAUAGUGAAAAUGUUUGCUACAAUGGCAGAUGCAUUCGAGGAAUUUGCGUUGCAUCAGCUGUAAGCAGAUUAAUUAGACCGAUUACUCAAUCGCCUCAAAUAAUUGAAGUUCCAACUCAAGCGCCAAUUUUGUCGAUCGAAGCGAAUUGUUAUAAUGAGCAUGAAUGCUGUGCAUUCUGGAGUUCAAAGGGAGAAUGCACUCGUAAUGCUGCAUAUAUGAAAGAAUGGUGCAAAGCAUCUUGCAGGCAGUGCAGGCCUGAUUAUGACAUAAACGCAGAAUGUGCUGAUCGCCAUGCGCAAUGCAUGGUUUGGUCAAGAAGUGGAGAAUGUCGACGUAAUCGCUUGUGGAUGUCAGAGAAUUGCCGACGAAGUUGCAAUUUUUGCCGAAUGACUCGAGCUCAGAUUUGUGGUGGUGGACAUAAUAUAAUGCAAACCACGAGAUCAAUUACUACAAGUACAGCUAUAUCUUCAAAGAACCAUUGUGCUUCACCUGGAUGUUAUAAUGAGAAUGUAUGUUGCCCGUUAUGGGGACUACAGGGUCAGUGCUCGGAAAGCCCGGAAUUCAUGGCUUGUAAUUGUAAAGUUAGCUGCGGACGAUGCAUACCAACUGAUUAUAAUUAUGGAACAUGUGAUGAUUAUCAUCGAAGCUGUCGUCAAUGGGCUGCUCGUGGCGAAUGUAAUAGGAAUGCAUGGAUGCUUGAGAAUUGCCGUCGGUCGUGUCGAUCAUGUAUGGAUGAAUGGGAAUUAAGAAUUCGUUGUCGUAUUGAUGGUUCCAUAUGGGGUGGACGGUUCGGCGAUGAUUCCGGUGAACCUGAUUAUUUCUGGAGUUUAUCAUAA